GAGUGUUCAUGGGAUCUCUCCCAGAUGGGAUGAAACUACCGCACACAUUGUAAUGUCAGGACUUUGACGUCGCGCUGGACAUAUGAGUGAUGUGGGGAUGAGGAUGAGCUAUAGACGGUUGAGCACCAAUUGUGGCAUUGCCCAGAAAUUGCGGGGCUAGGUGCAGGAUUAUGGCUAAACGAACACCUUUUUUAGGUCUAAAUUCUUCAGGCACUUAGUCCUUUCGCCUUUCUUGACAACUAUAGCCUUAAAUGGCAGAUUAGAGAAAACUCUCCAGUUCCCCUGGCCGCGGUUUUGUCAUGCAUGUUGGCUUCUUCUUCCACUGCGCUUUUUCAAUCUUUUUUAAAGGGACCUAAGUUCCCUGGGUGAAGCUUAUAGCGAUUAAGGUUGUUAGACGCGUGCCAUCAUAUUAUCUAAGUUUAAGAAUCAUAACAGCAGUAAACACAAAAAUCUAAAAUAUACUUUUUUACACUUUUUUCUAAAGCAAGCUAAAAGUAACAGCUGAUAACUGACAGAAGAAAGAAUGCAAUUACAGAGUCACAAGCUGUGAAAAAAUUUGUCAAUGCCGACUAUAUGAAAAAUCCGCAUUACUUUUUGGGCAACCCAAUAUUUAAAAAAUAUUUAUUUUGAAGCUCAUAUUUUUGUAAGGCGAAUUCAAAAAUGAGUUGACAUAUUAAGUUCUAUCAGCUGGGUUGAUGUGGACACCUGAUAAAUACGCCUUGGAUUGGUCGCAGCAAAUUUGCCAAAAAUUUUAAAAGUCAAAAAUUUUGACAUAUCAAGUUCCCAAAAUAAGUUAUGUUGUAUCAAUUCGUCGAUGCGGCCACGUUAUAAAUACGCCUUGGGGGGAUUAUUGCAGCUCUCGUUAAUUUGCAAACCGAUUGAGAUGAGUGGGAAAGAACCAGAAGGAAAGCCAACAACAACAUCCCAAGGAGAUGGUUCUGGUAUUCGACAAAUAAGGACUACGAGUGUAUUUCGGGUGCUUAAUUUUGAAUUGUAUACGAAACCAAAUAAAAUUAUAAUGGGUCUGGGUUUAGCAGCAAUCACAGGAGUUUUCGGCUACAUCACGUACAUGAGAAUGAAAUAUGAAAGUUUGGGAUACUAUGCUGCAGUACAAGAAGACGGCCGAGAAGUCUUCACAAAGAAAAAAUCAAAAUGGGAUUAGGACAAAAAAUUUCGAAUGAAUAGGCGCCAAACCUUUGAAAUUAUUUUUCCUUUUUGUUAAUAAAAUAACGAUUAUUAAAUAUGUUUAAUAAAAGAAGUGCGGAACCUUCUAAAUUUAUUACAUAGAAUAACUGAAAAGCAUAAUUUCAAGAGCUGCUGCGAUAACUUUAAAAGUACAGUUCACUUGUGAUGACCACUUAUAGGAAAACACCUCAGAAAGUAAAAGAAUGUUUGAGAUACUCUUACUCCGUAAAAACUUUCUCAAUAAUUUCCGAGAUUGACGCUUCAAUUGGUGCAUUGGAAGACAAUAUUAAAGCAUUUGUUCGUGAAAUACCGGCCGAAAUAUUGGAAAGGGUAUGCAAAAAUUGGACUAAGCGGGCCAUUUGAGGCGCAAUCACGGUCAACAUUUGCAUGAAAUAAUCUUCAAACAUAAAUAAAUAUGAACCGUACUAUCGUUUUAAAUAAAGAUUUUACGCAUUUUUCUGAA